UAACCAUGUCGCCAUUUUGAUUCGAAAAAAUAUGACUGAGUUUUUCCUGCUUUGCAUGCUAAACUUAGCCCCGUGUUUGAAAUACUCUGUGCGUGAGUACGACUCAUACACUAUAUCUGAAAUAAUAGCUGUUGUUAUCAAUGCCAGGUAGACACUAGUGUUUUUGGGAACUGUUGUAUUUGAUAGACUUCAAAGCCAUAUUUGACAACGUUACGAUAGCUAAGUUGAGCUUGCUAACAGUAGCCUGUGCUGUCGCAGACUUACCCCUUCAAAACAAAUCACUAUUUGCUCAGAGGCUAAUGUAUGUAAGCUAACACAGCUGGCUAAUAGUUAGCUGGGUAGGUAGUGACUUAGAAGCUGGCGACUGGACGAAAAACUUGAGUAAAAACUGAAUACAAACGGAAAGAAUAGCAGCGGAUCACUCUGAAUCAAAGGUUAUGGUCAGCCUCCCAGCCUCUCAUCUCCUAAAGAGGCCUGCGUUUUAAGAGGAGACCCAUGCUGAUAAAUGUCAGGCCUCGCCACACUCUUUGUUGUCUGCACAAACACAAAUGCCUGCCUGCCCAAGGGGGGGCUCUGAUUAAAGAUAUCCACAUUUCAUCCUCUGGGUUGUGUGCCCCAUUUCAGCGGCCACCAUGUUUUGGAAGUUUGACCUGCACACCACCUCCCACAUUGACCAGCUGCUGGACAGGGAGGACGUGACGCUUAGAGAGCUAAUGGAAGAAGACGACGUCCUGCAGGAGUGCAAGGCCCAGAACCGCCGGCUACUCCUCUUCCUCUCCCAGGACCAGUGCAUGCAAGAGCUGGUCAGCCUCAUCACCACCGAGCCACCCACAGACCUGGAGGAGCGAAUGCGCUUCAAAUUCCCCAACAUUGCUUGUGAGCUCCUGACUUCUGAUGUGUCAAUCAUAAACGAUAAGCUGGGCGCGGACGAGUCUCUCCUUGAGGUGCUCUAUCGCUUCCUGGAGCAGGACCCCCCUCUCAACCCGCUACUGGCCAGCUUCUUCAGCAAAACCAUCGGCAAUCUCAUUGCCAGGAAAACCGAACAGGUGAUUAGCUUUCUAAAGAAAAAGGAGGGCUUCAUUGGUCUGGUGCUGAAACACAUUGAUGCCUCGGCUAUGAUGGACCUGCUGCUUCGCCUCAUCAGUUGUGUGGAGCCUGCCCCCUUGAGGCAGGAGGUCCUCCAUUGGCUGAAUGAGGAGAAGUUGGUACAAAGACUCACCGAGCUCAUCCAUACUGGCAAAGAUGAGGAGAGACAAUCAAAUGCAUCCCAAACGCUUUGUGACAUCAUUCGCCUCAGUCGAGACCAGGCCAAUCAGAUGCAGGAGAAUAUGGAGGCCGACCCACUAUUGGCUGUACUAGAGUCGCAGGAGAGUGUAGCGGGGCUCCUCAAGAACAUGUUUGAGGGGGAGAGGAGUGAGGCCUCCAUUGUUAACGGAACUCAAGUGCUACUUACCUUACUGGAGACCAGGAGGCCUGGGUUGGAAGGGCUGAUGGAUCUGUAUUCUCAGGGUUAUGAAAGGUCUUACACUGUCAACAGCAGUAUUUUAAAUGCCAUUGAGCCCCAUUUAAAGGACUUCCAGCAGCUUCUUCUGGAUCCCCCGAAGAAAAGUGCAAUAUUGACAACCGUUGGUGUUCUCGAGCAGCCACUGGGGAACGCCCGCCUUCACAUGGCCAGGCUGGUGGCCGCCUUGCUGCAGACCAGUGCCCCCAGUAUCUGCCAGGAGCUCUGCAAUCUUGCAACCAUGGACCUACUACUGGAUCUGUUCUUUAAAUACUCCUGGAAUAACUUUUUGCACUUCCAAGUGGAGCUGUGUGUGGCCGCAAUCCUGAGCCAUCCUUCUUCGGAGGAGCGGCCCAGCUCGGCCCUCCAGAAUCACGAUGAGCAGCCUGCAGCAUCUGGCCCUGAAACGCAUGAGGAGGCAGUGGAGACAGGCAGUACCAGUGACCCACACGCCUCCGUCCACAACACCCUCGUAGCACAUCUUUUCCAGAAGUGUCAACUGGUCCAGAGGAUCCUUGACGCCUGGGAGGAGAACGAUAAAAUACAGGGUGAGGGUGGCACCAGGAGAGGCAACAUGGGUCACCUGACCAGAAUUGCCAACAUGGUGGUCCAGAACCUGGAGAAAGGACCAGUACACAACCAGAUCACUGACCUCAUCAAAGUUAAAAUGAAUGUCCUUGGUGUCGCAGACCUACCAGAAGACUGCAGAGGUCGCUGGGAGAGCUUCGUGGACGAGACGCUGAGAGAGACUAACAGGAGGAACACUGUUGAGCUGGUAAGCACCCACAACAUGCACUCGUCCAGUGAAGAUGACGACAUGGAGAGCCCCUUCCCCAACGACUUGUCUCUCCAGCAGGCCUUCUCUGACUAUCAGAUCCAACAGAUGACGGCCAACUUUGUGGAUCAGUUUGGCUUCAAUGACGAGGAGUUUAGCGAGCAUGAUGAAAAUAUCAAUGCCACGUUUGACAGAAUUGCUGAGAUAAACUUCAAUCUAGAUGCUGAUGAUAAUAGUGCCAAUGCGGCUGCUUUUGAAGCCUGCUGUAAAGAGCGGAUACGCCAGUUUGAUGAUGCUGAAGAAGAAGAGGACAUUUGGGAGGAGAAGGAGAUGAACUAUGCAACACAAGCUAAAUCCAGAACAAGGUUUGGGGUCUCCCAAACCUCAGAAGAAAGCUCCGGGAGCAGAAUGGAGAACGGAGGCAGCGAGCGGGGCCACGGAUCUGGAUCUGAUGAGGACGAGGACUGUGAGCAGAACACAUCAGAAACGGGUCCAGGCUGGACAGCAAAUUUCAGGGAAUCCGGAGGGACGGCAGCAUCCCAAACCCCAGCAGGGUGGGACAGCUCAUCCAGGAGCGGGGCAGAGACGCAGGGAAGUGGCUGGGCCAACUUCACUGAGUUCCAGCCUUUCUCUGGUACAGAGAGUGGUCCCAAGUGCAGCUCUCCUGUGGAUUCGGGCAGCGGCGAUACAGAAAAACAAGCCAAACAGAAGAACGAGAAGACGGCCGAUGCGAGUGCCUCCUCUGAAGCUUGGCCGGUGGGAGAAGGGAGGAAGGCUCCUCUUGUGGCCUCAGACAGCAGCUCCUCCGGGGGAUCCGACAGCGAGGAGGACGACAAACACGCCGCCGGUGCCACUCCCCCCGCCGCGGCCGGAACCCCAGAAACAGCCGGUGCCCCCAGGAACGAGACGGCUGACCUCAAAAGUGAGGAGAGUCCGGUGUCUCUGGAGAAGCUUUCGCUGUCAGAUCCUCCUAAAGCGCCUGCUGAGGAUUUACCCACAACCACACAGACGGACAGGAAAGAAGAAACGCCGCCACCCCAGGAAGUGUCUGUCAAUGGGCCGGUCUGAGCGACUCCGCUCCACCCUUCAGUGAUGGUGCCUGGCACCGUCGGCCUCCUCCCCAAAAUAAUGUCACUGCAACUACAGUGUUUUUUUUUUUUUUUUACUGAAUCACUCGGCCAUGUUAUUGGACCUGGACACUGCCAAUCAACACCAAUGAUAAAAAAAUAAAAAAAAGAGAAACCAACAGACAGAAAAGUGUAGAGGAAUCAUCUUCACAGCUUUUUUUUUUUGAUGUUGCACAUAGUUGUGUGCGUGGUUUUAAUGUAGCAGCAUCAGAAUCCGAGGGGUAACAUCAUCAUCAUUAUUAUUUUUCUAUGUCCUGAAAGAUUUCUCUACAGAAAUCGUCAGAAUCCCAUUGUUAGGGAUUUACAUCGUCACCCCUGAAUGGAUAGCACAGGCUAACUUUAAUAAUGCCUCAAGAAAUACUUUUUAUUUUCUUCAAGCUUAAGAAAAAGCACUUAUGCAGCCAUUUUGUGUACAUUAUAGCACAAUAUAAGUGUCCUCUCACCCAGAGCAAGGUUUUCUUUUUGCGUUUCUCUCGCCGGUCUCUUGUACGUCACCAGGGUUCUGAAUGUUCUAAAGUGCUUCAGGAAGGUGGAGGGUGGGUUGCUGAACAGAGCUCUAAUAGUAUUACUGUCUUUUGCUCAUGUGCAAUAAUGUCAAUUAGCCAUUUAUAUUUAAAAAUGAAAUUCAACAAUUUUCUUUGUCUUUUUACAAAUAAUCAGAGUUGGACACUUGGAUUUGGUGUAAUUUGGGGCCGAUAAAUUUUGAUAUAAUCUCAACUUGAUUGUUGUGAUUUUUUUAAUUUGUUUCUUUUAAUGCAUGUAUAAGCGGUUCUUUGUUGACCUCGCUAGUGAGCUAAGACCUUCUGAUUGUAUUGACCUUUACGUUCCUACUGCUAUCCCCCUAAAAUCAACCAAACAUUAUCUACCUAUAUACAAAUAUUAUCUACAUUUAAAAGUCAUUUUACAAGCAAUCUUGAGAUUACUAUUGUCUGUUCCUUUGUUCUCUCUCCACCGGGCACUUACUCACAGGGCGACUGGUAAGUGGGACGCUGUAUGUCUUUUUAUUU